CUAACCAUUGAAGCGUUCAAAUGAUGUUUAAUAACACGACAAUUACGUUCAGAAUUAUCCAUGUCUUGUAUACAAUAAAAACGGUCAGUGAAAUCAUUUAGAUAGAGGGGAGAAAGAUUUAUAAAACCGGCCACGCGAGAUGAAAUGCGGUCCAAUCUCACACAGCCUCUCGUCGGUUUAAUAUCUAGAACAUUAACAUUAUAGGAAAACAUGAAGUUUUAUAUGUUGAUCGCGCUGUUCGCUUUAGCGUGUGCUGAACGAGAUAGCACCUUGGAAACGGCCAUUAGCUUCGUCCAGGACUGCAAUGAGGACUACUUUUUAUGUGUCAAGGAGAAACUCCUUCGUAUUGUGGAAAAUGCUAGAACAUCGAGGAGCGUCAAUCUUGUCGAUGGUGUCUUUAUCAAGGGUGAACCCGGGAAGCCAUCAACGGAGCCUCUCCCCGCCGACCCUGAGGCCAGAGACGCAGAAGUCAACUACAGACUCCUGGACGGAGUUGUCAACCUCUUCGAAACUCACUCCAUCGAGGUCAAAAUGAAUCCUGCUGAGAAGGAAGAACUUCAGAGGUCACUCGAAGAAGGUCGUGGUAAGAAGAAGGGAGGCGGCGCUAUGGGCAUCAUCGGACUCCUAGCAGCCAAGAUACUAUUCGGAAAGCUGUUCAUCGUCAAACUCCUAGCCCUCAAAGCAUUAGCCACAGCGAAGAUCGCCCUAGUACUAGCCGUUAUUCUCUUCGUGGCCUGGUGCUUGAAACAAGAUCAUACCAAGACAACGUACGAGGUUGUACCCCACGCCUUGCAUCACGAGAGCCAUCACCCUCAUGUGGAGCAUGUCGCCCAUGACGCGGGCCACGGCGGGUUCUCUGGAUACGGUUCUGACUGGAGCAAGAACUCUGAGGACGCCCAGAAUUUAGCAUACAGUGGCUAUACGCAGAAACACUAGGGAUUAAUUACCAAAUGUAGCUUAAG